ACCAACGAGCCCGCGCUUCCCUUCUAGUCACAUAAUCUCUUCCGCAUCGGAACCUCUAAUUACUCCAUCACCCAAACAUGGCAGAGCAUCCUUUGCGCAACAACACAGCCGCGCGAGAGGAAGCUGAUGUCAUUCUGCCUUUAAUAAAUCCUAGUUUGUGCUUGUAAUUCUUGUAAUUCGUAAACUCUUCAUUGACGGGCGCUCAGGCCAUCCCAACGACCACCGAGAUUCGGAUAAGCGACACAAUGUUAGUCUGCCGCUGAGAAGAGCCAUGCAGCAAUCUACGAGACCCCCAGAACCGAAAGUACACGAUAUUACUGAGAAAUUCACUCGCGCCUGCAACGCUUUGGAGGUUGGCCAGCUUGUGAAAGAUGAUUUGUUCACAUUGUUCGAGUCCAUCGGGGCUCUGGAGAUCAUGGACUCCAAAAUGGACAGUGGAUUCUUGAAACCUGGAGAAACUCUUGAACAUGACUAUGACGCCUUGAAUUCCAUAUUGCCAGAAGAGCUGGUCGGUAUAAUGGACCAGCUUCUGUGUCACGAGAUGGCAUGGCACACUGGCUACCCUCUCUCACAAACUCUUUUCACUUCAGUCUACAUCGACAAUUUGCUGUGGCCCGAGCCUAAGACACUUGCCCAGGCCCAGUUCUAUCGAGGGUCCAUACCGGACGAAAGAAGGCCAGGGGUUUUGCUUGAAGCAUUAAGAGCCUAUUGUCUUGCGGUGAUCAAGUGUUGCGACUACGUGAUCGCCAAAGUCACGGGAAGGGAUUACUUUGAAGAAGAAGACUUCUGCACACAUACGUACAACCGGGUGUUGUUUGUUCAAAUACCCUUGGAUGUUUUCAUGAGGGAACUGGACGCUGCCAUUGAGAACAUCGAGAGCGAACCGGAUCUCAGCGAAGAUGUUCGCUCCGCAAUUAUUACUCGCCUUCAAUUCCGCAAAGACUUCCUUAUAGCCCUAGAUCCCGAUUGCCCCCUUUCUCAACUAGAGUCAUAUUGGCCACCCAUCAGAUCUAAUCUUCAACCCAUCAAAGACACCCAGCCACUUGGAAAACCAGUACCAUCCUCCUUCACCACCAAGAUCCAACGCAGACUAGCUUCCACUGUCCCACCACGGCCGAUCGUGGAGUUCGAAUUCAAAGAUGCUUUUGAGAAGCUGCAACAAAUUUGUACCGAUUGCGAGCAAGCAACGAACUUCGUGGAUCUCCCAUCAGACCCCAUCGAAUUUCAAUCAUUUCUUUGGGCAUACGCUGGCAGAAAGCCAGCGCCUUUAACGUACGCUAGAUCCUACCUAGGCACAAUCCUCUUCCACCCAGAAACUCUCAAUACGGGAAUGUCUUUACCUCUCCUAGAUGUGAAGGGUCUCGUCUACCCACUGUCACCCGUCACAGACCAGUCAAACUGGGCACUUUCGCCUCCACGCAACCCACUCAUGCCAAAAUCGCCCCGACUCCAACUCUCCCUCCUCGUCGAUGAGUUCAUAGAACGAGCUAGCCAACCCUACCUCGACUUCUGGACCGCCCUCGGCCAGAACCGCUGCCGCCUGCGCCGUAUGAUGACGCACGUAAUCAUCGGCUGGGACAACCUGCAAGCCGACGCCGGCAUCGUCGACGAGGACAUCAACCGCGUGGUCGACGAAAUGGGGAUCCGCGAGCAAGUCCUCCACGACGCCCUCACAACCUGGACGUACCACAAAAAGCUCUGGAUGGUCGAGCGAAUCGUCCUUCUCGGCUUCGAACAGGACAUCUACCUGCCCGACGAAUACGCAAGCAUGUACAACUUCCUCUCGAUCAUCGCCUCGCGACGUGCCCUCGUCCUCUCCCGCAUCUCCGAGCACCACGCCCAGCGCAUCGCCAGCGGCAUUAUCGACACAAGCGACCCCGAAAACGUAGAGUAUGCAUCCCACAUCGAGUCCCUACAGUGCGAAGCAACCGCGCUCCAGGACCUCAGCGCCGCCAUGGCGAAACUAUACACCGUGCUGCUCUACCUGCGCCUGGUGCCCGUGCCCAAACGACCCUUCAGCACAGAGGAAUUGCGCUACGAACUGCGCAUGAAACCGUUCCUCGCCCUGCAGCCUCCAGAGGUGGAGCCCUUCGCGCAACACCAGGCGCUUCUCCAGCCGUUUGGACCGUACGAGAGGCCGAACGCGGCGUUCGCUGCGAGUAUGUUGGAUCCGAAGAGCGGGCUGUGGACAGACAUGGAGGCCGCGCUACAGAACGCGAAGGGCAGGUUGCAGGGCAUGAAGAAGCAAGGGGCAGCGGGCGCGAAAGCCAGCGGUGCAGAAACAGCGUGGAAGGAGGAGUUUAAGGGGUUGGUUGAGAGUGCGGUGCUGUUUGGAGUCGUCAUCGCGCGCUUGAAGGGCGCGGUGAGGAAGGUUGAGGGGAGCGAGAGUGGGGUUGCUGUUGAUGUUAAGGUGGAGAUUCCGGCGAUUGUGGUCGGGACGAAGUGUUCUGAUCGGUGGAUUGUGCCUACAGUUAGUCAGAAGUUGAAGUAGCGUUUCAAGCACACUCUGCAUGUUGGAUUUGUACGCAGGGUAUUGCGACGAGGUCAUCGUCACAGGUAGUACGAAGCCGUGGAAACAUAAACAAUUGAUAUUCCCC